CCCCAGAACUCGCGUCUCGCAAGAAAAAAAAGAGCAGCAUCGGAACGCCGGUGGAGGCGGACGCGCUCGUUUUCGGAGACAAGUCGCAUGAGAAUGGCCCUGAUGGGUGGAGAAGGGGAGGAUUUGACCCGGGCGGCGCCGGUGGCCCGCAACCCCGUCUGCGAUCCCGGAGAGAGGUCACAGGAGAGACGGGGGGUGCCGAUUGGGGCCCGGGGUCCUUCUAGCGGAGCAGUGACUCUCGCGGUCAUCCUGUCCGCGUCACAGCAGCGGAGCUGA